AUGCAAGAUAAGUUUACUGAUAUUGGCAAUAUAAUAACUUAUUUAGCCUCAUCUGAAAUUUCUUGUUCGUCAAAAACUGCUACGUCUAGUAUCCAGCCUAUGCCUCUUUCUACGUCAUCUUUAAAAGAUAAAAAAAAAGGUGUUAAUAUUAAUAAGCCAUCAUUCACUUACGAAUAUUUUGAAAUAACAGUCAAUCAAAAAGGUGAAGAAGUACAAGUCUGCAAGGUCAUAAAUGAAGAUGGUGAAAAAUGUGGCACAGAAUAUAAAAAUGUAGGAAGUUCAACAGGAAAUCUUAUUACGCACCUUAGAGACAUCCACGAAAUUGUUUCACAAGAUGAUAAAGAAAAU